GAAGAAAAUAUAGAUUUAGAAGAGUUAGAACAAUUUGCUAAAACAUUCAAAAGACGAAGAAUAGAACUUGGUUUUACUCAAGGUGAUGUUGGUUUAGCAAUGGGAAAACUUUAUGGAAAUGAUUUUAGUCAGACAACAAUCUCACGUUUUGAAGCUCUUAAUUUAAGUUUUAAAAACAUGUGCAAACUAAAACCAUUGUUACACAAAUGGCUGGAAGAUGCUAAUGAUCUUGCCUCAAAUCCAACCGUUAUUUCUGGAAAUGCAGCACUGACUGCUGAAGCAAUUGCUCGACGGCGGAAAAAACGAACAAGUAUAGAUACAACUAUUCGAGUGGCUUUAGAAAAGGGCUUCUUAGCCAAUCCAAAACCAUUAUCAGAAGAAAUCACCCAAUUAGCUGAUAGUUUGAAUAUGGAAAAAGAAGUUGUGCGUGUAUGGUUUUGUAACAGACGUCAAAAAGAGAAACGUAUUAAU